AGGGUUGGCGACACUGGGAACUGGGCGACACUGGGAACUGGGCGAGAUGGGCGCGUUGGGCCAAGUGCUGCUGUGGCUGCGGAUCUGUAGAAGCCCUCCUGAUUUCAAGGCUGAGGAACAGGCCUACGCUGCCCUUUCUCCUCCAUUCCUUGACCAUCCCAUCCUCUGCUCCAGCCCAGGGGAAACUGGGGGCGGGGUGGGGAAGCAAAGCGGGUCAUCCUCCCUGGGGGAGAAGAACUUCGGGAGAGAACAGGGCAGGCAUUUAGUCACCUCCUCCCCAGCAUUGACCCAGGCCACCUACAAACUCUGGGUCCCCAACACCAACUUCGAUGCAGCCGCCAACUGGAGUCAGAACCGGACCCCAUGUGCGGGUGGCGCAGUCGAGUUCCCAGCAGAUAAGAUGGUGUCGGUCCUGGUACAAGAAGGUUACGCCAUCUCAGACAUGCUCUCUCCAGGUGACCCUGGCGUCUAUACCCAGCCGCUCAGGCUAGAGCCCUUCCGCCUUUUCUGGGGAAGUACGGUAGAACUCCACCUGGUCUGCAACUCCUGUGUAUGGGCUUGGGGGCACCCUCCUCAUCUCACCAGCUGCCCUUCAACGCCUCCUGGGUGGGAAGAGCCCAAGGCAGUGGCAGUGGCCCCCCAGUCCAUGCCUGUCUUGCCGCUGGAUGGGGAACUCAUCCUGGCCUCGGGAGCCGGAUUCAGUGCCUCAGAAGCGAGCUCGCGACUCGACUGCAGCUCAGGCGCCCCCGCCCUCUUCCGCGACCCGGACCGCUUCUCCUGGUAUGACCCGCGUCUGUGGAGCUCCGGGGACGGGGCGCUCGGCCUCUUCUCCGUGGACGCCGAGCGCGUGCCCUGCCGCCACCACGACGUUUUCUUCCCGCCCAACGCCUCCUUCCGCGUGGGGCUCGGCCCCGGCGCCAGCUCAGUGCGCGUCCGCAGCCUCUCGGCUCUGGGCCGGACGUUCACAAGCAACGAGGACCUGGCCGCUUUCCUGGCGUCCCGCGCAGGCCGCCUGCGCUUCCACGGUCCAGGCGAGCUGAGUUUGGGCCCCGAGGUCUGCGUCGACCGGUCGGGCUGCGUCUGCGGCAACCACGAGGCUCAGCCGUGGAUCUGCGCAGCUCUGCUGCAGCCCCUGGGCGGCCGCUGCCCCCCGGCCACCUGCCAAGACGCCCUCCGGCCUGAGGGGCAGUGCUGCGACCUCUGCGGAGCCAUUGUGUCACUGACCCAUGGUCCAGCGUUUGACCUAGAGCAGUACCGGGCGCGGCUGCUGGACACUUUCCUGGCGCUGCCUCAGUACCAGGGGCUGCAAGUGGCCGUGUCCAAGGUGCUGCGGUCGCCUAACCUCCGCGAGGCGGACACGGAGAUCCAGGUUGUGCUGGCGGAGACCCGGCCCGAGACGGGCGGCGCGGCGCGGCUGGCGCGGGCCCUCCUGGCCGACGUUGCCGAACACGGCGAGGCCCUUGGGGUCCUGGCGGCGGCUGUGCGGGAGUCGGGCGCGCCCGCCGGGGGAGGUUCCUCGGCGGGGCUGGACCAGCCGGGGUCCAACGCGGGGCUGGUGGGCGGCGCAGUGUUGGCUGCAAUGCUGCUGGUGCUGUUGGCGUUGUUAGCGGUGAUGCCGAGGCUGCGCGGAGCUCGGAGCUUCAGGUGGAGCUGGCGCAACCAGGCGGCCUCCGAGCCGGCCAGGGUGCCCCCGGGCUUCCACAACCCGAUGUUCGACGCCGCGGCCUCUGAGGAGCAGACCCCGGCAAGGCCGCCUAACCUGCCCCCAAAGCCGGACGCUGCCGCCACCAGCCACAGUUACUUCGUUAACCCGCUGUUUGCUGAGGCCGAGGCCUGAGCUGCCACCUGACUCUUGACAGCCGCCAGCUCACGCCUCUUGCCCUGCCUCGCCCCACCUGCCCGCACAUAACCUACUCCCUCCUCCCCCACUGGAGGCCAAGGACAGGGCUUGCCCAAUAAAGAUGCCCUACACCUGCUGUCAACCUGGA